AUGCCGACCAUACAGAUCGCUGACGAUGUUCGGGUUGAAGGCGAGCCAGGGACAACAUUUCGAACACCACGUGCUGCUACAACCCAAAGUGCAUACACCGCGCGACGUCGCGGCACAAAUUCGUCAAUAGGCGAAGGCGAGGAUGGAAUAUACAACAUUCGGUCGCGAUCGUCAACGCACCAACUCAGCCGACAGUUCAGCCGGCAAGGCACAACCCAGGACGAUGACCCAGGCCUUCGGAGGGAAUCAGACUACGUUCACGCGAAGGUGUACAGCGGCAAAGUCCUCGCGCUACUCGCAUACCAGUCGAUCGGCGUGAUAUAUGGCGAUAUUGGCACCAGUCCUCUCUAUGUCUUCUCAUCCACCUUCUCCGCGCCUCCAAGCAGGGAGGACGUUAUUGGCGCCCUGUCGCUGAUCAUCUGGUCGCUCAUAAUGAUGGUCACCCUCAAAUAUGUGAUCAUCAUCCUACGCGCCGACAACAACGGCGAAGGCGGCACCUUCAGCACGUACUCUCUGCUGAGCCGAUAUCUCAACAUCACGAAUCGUGAUCCUCGAGAAGCAUCACUCAUCGAAAUGAAGCGAUAUAUGUCCGGAGAUCUUGAAACCGCGGGACGACAAAUCCGUCACGGGCUCGAAUCAAGCAAAUUUGCCCGAAUUAUCCUCCAAGUCAUCGGCGUGCUAGCCGUGACGAUGGUCAUGUCCGACGGGCUUCUCACACCGGCUCAGUCUGUCCUCGGCGCCGUGCAAGGCAUCGAAGUGGUAGCCCCCAAUAUCUCGAAAGGAACUAUCAUCGGAGUGACAGACGCCAUACUGGUCGUACUUUUCGCUAUCCAGCCAUUUGGAAUCAGCAAAAUCAGCCUCGUGUUUUCCCCGAUCAUUAUCAUAUGGCUCGCUUUCAACGCGGUCUUCGGCGCAUACAAUCUUGCUAAGUAUGACGCAGGAGUGUUCAAGGCUUUCAAUCCUGGUGAGGCUUUCCUGUUCCUUAUUCAUCACAAGGAGGAAGGCUGGCGGCAGCUCGGAGGCAUCCUACUCUGCUUCACCGGCCUCGAAGCGUUGUUUGCCGAUCUAGGCGCUUUCAGCCGACGUGCUAUUCAGCUAAGCUGGCUUCUGUACACUUUUCCAUGCAUCUUACUUGCAUAUAUCGGCCAAGCGGCAUAUAUUGCUGUUAAUCCCGAGGCAUACAGCAAUCCUUUCUUUAAUGCAGCGCCGCCAGGGACUGUCUAUCCUUCGUUGGUGAUUGCCAUCCUUGCUGCGAUUGUUGCUUCCCAGGCUAUCAUUACUGCAACGUUCCAGCUUGUCGCCCAAAUCAUGAAGCUUUCCUUCUUCCCACAGAUCCGCGUCGUACACACUUCGAAGACCUUCCACGGCCAACUCUAUGUCCCAAUCGUUAACAUCGUCAUGUGCAUCGGCACUGUGUUGGUCGCCUCGAUAUACAACAACACUACUUCGCUCGGAAACGCGUACGGCACGUGCGUCAUGUUCGUCACCUUCUUCGACACCUGCAUGCCCUACAUUGUCGUGUUCCCUUUCUUGGUAUUCGCUUUGAUGGACGGCGCGUUCCUGUCGUCAGCCCUCACAAAGGUUCCCGAAGGCGCAUGGUUCACCAUUACCCUAUCGGCCGUAUUGGCAAGCUUUCUGCUGCUGUGGCGUUUCGGCAAAGAGCAACAGUGGUUCGCAGAGGCGGAGGAUCGAUUUCCAACGUCGCAUUUCGUCAAGCAGAACAAGGAUGGAACGAUGUCGCUAUCGGACCGAUACAGCGGCACAACAGUCAGCUCGUUCCAAGGUCUUGGUAUCUUCUUUGACAAAGCAGGAGAAACGACGCCAAUGGUGUUCAGUCAAUUCGUCUUGAAGCUUACCGCGAUACCAGAAGUCUCGAUCUUCUUCCACCUCCGGCCACUCGAGACGCCAUCAAUCUCACCAGACGAUAGAUUCACUGUGUCGCGGCUCGCGAUCCCGAAUUGCUACCGAGUAGUUGUCCGUUACGGUUACAACGACAUUAUCGUCACGCCUGACCUCGCAGCCGUCAUCUAUAACCAAGUCAGGCAGUUUUUGUUAUCGGAAGCAGAUCUGAAGAAGGUGUCGUCUCCAGAACAAGUCAUUACAGCUCAGAAUCCUGACGCCGCCGACAAGGAUCAAGUCAUCGAGGUGACGGCUCCAAACAGGGUCAUCGACAGCACUGAUCCGAAAGAUGCGUCGCUACCGGCUCAUGCUCCCAGCGAGGCAGACGCCAGCGAUCAUGCGAUCAUUGACCACGAUCCGGUUUCUGUGGAGACGUUGGACCGGGCGUACGAGCACAAGGUCUUGUACAUCAUCGGCAAAGAGCAAAUGAAGAUCACAAAGGGCACUCGGUUGGUCCGCGGGUUCCUGCUGUCGAUAUUCUUGUGGGUGCGGGACAACACGCGUGGCAAGAUGGCAAAUCUCAAAGUCCCGGCAGACAAGCUUGUCGAAGUCGGCUUUCUGAAGGAGAUAUGA